AUGUGCGGCCCCACCCGCCCCAGCACGGGCAACCUCAUCGCCAUCAUCUUCCCGUCCCUCUCGGGCACCUCCUCCUCCUCCUCCUCCUCCUCCUCCUCGUAUUCCCUCACCUUCAGCCACGACCCCCGCACGCCCGACGGCCCGACGAGGGCGAUCUUCCGAUUUCCCGAUUCCAAACUCUGGGAUAUCUUUUCCGCUGCUCGCGGGGUGGAUUUGCGGAUUGAGAAAUCCGGGGAUUUGACUGCCUCUGCCGGGGGGAGUUGGGAGCCGCCGUUGCAUUGGUUCCGGGUUGGGUUGGAAGGGGUAUCCUCACUGUCACUGCGGGAGCAGGCGCGGCAGCAGAUUGAGGUGGUGUUGCCGGAGAGGUUGGAGUUGGGGGUGUCGGGGACGGGGAUUGUUGGGCGGGAGGUGCGGGUGGCGGUGGAUGGGGUGGAUGCCUUGGUUGAGAUGGGGAGGGGGGUGGUUGGGUUCGAUUGA